GAGGCUGCUUCCUCCCCCCGCUGCUACGGCCGCUCACACCGCUGCGGACGGACUGCCGGACAGACAGGCUCACAGACAGACGGGUGGACCGGUCUCUCUCGCGCUGUCUGUCUGUCUGUCUCUCUGUCUUUGUGUUUGACGGGAUCAGCUGAGGGCGGCGGCGGAUGGAGCGACCGGCGGACACAUGAGCGCAAAGACUCACAGACGGACCCACAGACAGACCCACAGACUGACGGACAGACAGGUAAACAGACAGACAGACUGAGUGACAGCAUGUGGCGCCGCUGGACCUUCAGGCUCGCGCUCAGGUAGCCCAGCACUGAAGUGAGGUGUGAUUAGUGGUUACCAUGGUGCCCAGGCCAUCAUCUGGGGAACUAUGGGGGCUCCACCUGAUGCCCCCCCGGAUCCUGGUGGACUGCUGCCUGCCCAAUGGGAUGAUGGUGAGUCUCGAGUGCCUCAGAGAAACUCCUCUCAUCAGCAUCAAGCAGCAGCUCUUCUCUGAGGCCAGGAAAUACCCGCUCUACCACUUGCUACAGGAGGAGUCGUGCUACAUCUUUGUGGGUGUGACCCAGGAGGCUGAGAGGGAGGAGUUUUACGAUGAGACACGACGGCUGUGCGACCUGCGACUGUUUCACCCGAUCCUGAAGGUCAUCGAGCCGCUGGGUAACCGUGAGGAGAAGAUCCUGAACCGGGAGAUUGGUUUUGCCAUCGGGAUGCCGGUCUGCGAGUUUGAGAUGAUGAAGGACCCAGAGGUCCAGGACUUCCGCCGCUCCAUACUGAGCGUGUGCAGAGAGGCCAUGGAGGAGAGAGAGGGGGGUGGUGCCCACAGCCAGGCGCUUUAUGUUUACCCACCCAAUGUGGAGUCCAGCCCCCAGCUGCCUCAGCACAUCUACAGCAAGCUGGACAAAGGGCGCCUGAUUGUGACCAUCUGGGUGAUUGUGUCUCCAUCUAACUCCAAACAGAAGUACACCUUGAAGGUGAGUCACGACAGUUUACCUGAGCAGCUGAUUGCCGAGUCCAUCAGGAAGAAAAGUCGAUCGAUGCACCUUUCACCUCAACAGCUCCGCCUUUGCGUGCAGGAGUACCAGGGCCAGUACAUCCUCAAGGUGUGUGGCUGUGAUGAAUACCUGUUGGAGAAGUUUCCUCUCAGUCAGUAUAAGUACAUCCGCUCCUGCAUCAUUGUGGGACGUCUUCCUCACCUGAUGCUUGUGUCCAAAGACAGUCUCUACUCUCAGCUUCCUGCCUCGGGCUUUGUCACACCUUCUUACAGUCGUCGAACUCCUCAGCCGUCUCCAUGUCCAGGAGGAGGUGAUGGCUCUCCUCCUCGCUCCCUGUGGGCCUUCAACACUCUGCUGAGGGUUCGGCUGCUCUGCGCCACCUACGUCAACGUGAAUAUCAGGGACAUCGAUAAGAUCUAUGUGAGGACAGGAAUCUAUCAUGGAGGAGAGCCACUGUGUGACAACGUCAACACCCAGAGAGUUCCCUGCUCCAACCCCAGGUGGAACGAGUGGCUGACCUAUGACAUCUACCUGGCUGACCUCCCUCGCUCAGCCAGACUCUGCCUGUCUAUCUGCUCUGUGAAGGGAAGGAAAGGAGCUAAGGAGGAGCACUGCCCUCUGGCCUGGGGAAAUGUGAACCUCUUCGACUAUAAAGAUAUCCUGGUCUCUGGUAAGGUGGCUCUGAGUUUGUGGCCCGUCCCUCACGGCCUUGAGGACCUGCUCAAUCCCAUUGGAGUCGCUGGUUCAAAUCCCAACAAGGAGACCCCCUGUGUGGAGCUGGAGUUCUCCUGGUUCAACCAGACUGUUGUCUUUCCUGAUGAGCAGCAGAUUGAAGAACAUGCCAACUGGACCAUCAGCAGAGAGCUGGGCUACAACUAUUGCCAUGGCCUGAGCAGCCGUCUGGCCUGUGAUAGCAGUGUUUCAGCAGGUGAUGCAGAGCAGCUUCAUUCUCUCUGCUCCAAAGAUCCGCUGUAUGAGCUCUCAGAGCAGGAGAAAGACUUUCUCUGGAGACACAGACAUUAUUGUGUAAACAUCCCAGAGUCUCUCCCUAAGCUGCUUCUUUCUGUCAAAUGGAACUCCAGAGAUGAAGUUUCUCAGAUGUACUGUCUGUUGAAGGAGUGGCCUCUGAUGGAGCCGGAGUCAGCUCUCGAGUUGUUGGACUGUAACUUUCCAGAUCCAAUGGUCAGAGAGUUUGCUCUGCGCUGCCUUGUGCAGGGCCUGACAGAUGAUAAGCUGUCACAGUACCUGCUACAGCUCGUACAGGUACUGAAGUAUGAGAUGUACCUGGACAAUCCUUUGGCUCGUUUCCUGAUAAAGAAAGCUCUGACCAAUCAGAGGAUAGGACACUUUUUUUUCUGGCACCUAAAGUCAGAGAUGCACAAUAAGACGGUUUCCCGACGAUUCGGUCUGCUGCUGGAAGCUUUCUGCAGAGCUUGUGGCAUGUACCUGAAACACCUGAACAGACAGGUGGAGGCCAUGGAUAAAUUGGUGAAUCUGACUGACACACUGAAACAGGAGAAGAAGGAUGAGACUCAGAAAACUCAGAUGAAGUUCCUGGUUGAGCACAUGUCUCGUCCUGAUUACAUGGAAGCUCUGCAGGGAUUUGUCUCUCCUCUGAACCCAGUUCACCAGCUGGGAAACCUCAGGCUGGAGGAGUGCAGGAUCAUGUCGUCGGCAAAGCGCCCCCUGUGGCUGAAUUGGGAAAACCCCGACAUCAUGUCCGAGCUUCUCUUCACCAACAACGAGAUCAUCUUCAAGAACGGCGACGACCUGCGUCAGGACAUGCUGACGCUACAGAUCAUUAAAAUCAUGGAGAACAUCUGGCAGAACCAGGGCUUGGACCUGCGCAUGUUGCCGUACGGAUGCCUCUCUAUUGGUGACUGUGUGGGUCUGAUCGAGGUCGUGAAGAACAGCUUCACCAUCAUGCAGAUUCAGUGCAAAGGAGGCCUGAAGGGGGCGCUGCAGUUCAACUCCAACACGCUGCAUCACUGGAUCAAAGACAAGAACCGUGGCGAGGCGUAUGACCGGGCCAUCGACCUGUUCACGCGGUCGUGUGCCGGUUACUGCGUCGCCACAUUCAUCCUGGGAAUUGGAGACCGCCACAACUCCAACAUCAUGCUGAAAGAGAAUGGACAGCUGUUCCACAUUGACUUCGGUCACUUCCUGGACCACAAGAAGAAGAAGUUUGGCUACAAGAGGGAGCGUGUUCCCUUUGUCCUGACUCAGGACUUUCUCAUUGUCAUCAGUAAAGGCAUCCAGGAGUCCACUAAGACCAAGGAGUUCGAGAGGUUCCAGGAGAUGUGCUACAAAGCAUACCUUGCUAUCCGUCAGCAUGCCAGCCUCUUCAUCAACCUCUUCUCCCUCAUGCUGGGCUGCGGCAUGCCCGAGCUGCAGAGCUUUGAUGAUAUUGCCUACCUGAGGAAAACCCUGGCCCUGGAGAAGAGCCAGCAGGAGGCACUGGAGUAUUUCACCAAGCAGAUGAAUGACGCUCACCACGGCGGCUGGAGCACAAAGAUGGACUGGAUCUUCCACACCAUUCGACACAUGCCCAAUGAACACUGACACACACACACAUUCACAUGCACACACACACACAAACAUGCACAGGUGUGUUUGUUUACUGCACUACUGUGAUGAUGAUGAUGAUGAUGACAGAGUCAUUGUCUGAUGUCAGAUUUUUUUAGCCUCGUGUUUUUGUGUUUUUGGGAUGGUUGUCAUAGUAACGUGAAUCUCAGGGUCAAAGGUCAGAAGGGUGUUUGAAGAUGCCAAAGGCAUGCUGGGAAAAGACGGUGAUGAUGAUGACGGUGAUGAUGAUGUCGCAAACGUCUUCCAAUCGGUGCUACUGUUAGCCUGUUAGCUGCUGAGCUUUUCAAAAGGAAUCAAACUUUAUUGAGUCAAAUUUUAUUGACAAGCAGCUGUAACUAUAUAAGGUGUUAUUUUUGAAUGAAGCAGCUUUAUUGAAACCAGCAAAGUGAACACUGUGGUCACUGUGAGAGCAAUAAAACCUCCAAUAACCAAUCAAUAUUUUGAUUAUGACAAUCAGGAGUUCUGACCAAUAGAAAGGCAGCACUGACCAGCUAUGGGUGGAGUCAUCAGGACGAUGACAGUGACUGAAAUAAAUCAUAGAAACAUUUUAACUUCAUUAAAUCUUUUUUGUUUAGAUAUUCUGACAUGUCCCUGAAAGGGUUAAACCAUCAAAAUUCAGAGCAGAUUUUGAAAAACAAACUGAUGUGCAAAGCUGUAGCAACUACAGAGGGAUGAAGCUGAUGAGCCACACCAUGAAUAUAUGGAAUAGAAUAGAAUGCCUUUAUUGUCAUUAUACAGGAUGUACAAUGAGAUUGGGAAAGCGCUGUUGAAGCUCGGUUAAGGAGAGAGGUGAUGUGAAUGGAGAAGUUUGGAGAACUUCAGAAGGAGCUUCACUGUGUCUUUGUGGAUCCAGAGAAAGCAGAUGACAGGGUGACAGAGAGAGGAACUGUGGUACUGCAUGAGGAAGUCAGGAGUGGCAGAGAAGGAUGCGAGGUUGGUGCAGGACACAGAUGGGGACAGUGCUUAUGUAGGAGCGACGGAUGGGUUGAAGGUGGGGGUGCUAUUACAUCAGGGAUCAGUUCUGAGCUCCUCCUUGUUUGCAGUGGUGAUGGAUAGGCUGACAGAUGAGGUCAGGCAGGAGUCUCUGUGGACUAUGACAAUCUGUAGUGAGAGUAGGGAGCAGAUGGAGGAGAGCCUGGAGAGGUGGAGGUAUGCUCUGAGAGAAGAAGAAUAAGUCAGUCAAAGCAAAACAGAAUCCAUAUGUGUGAAUGAGAAGGAGACAAGUGGAAAGGUGAACAUGCAAAGAACAGAGAAAGUGAAAGUAGAUGAGUUUAAGUACUUGUGGUCAACCAUCCAAUGCAACGGGCAGUGCACUAGAAAAGUGAAGGAGAGAGUGCAGGCAGGAUGGAGUGGGUGGAGACAAGUGCCAGGGGUGAUACCUGGUGAGACCUGCUGUGAUGGAUGGUUUGGAAAUGGUGUCACUGACACAAAGGCAGGAGGCUGAGCUGGAGGUGGCAGAGCUGAAGAUGCUCAGAUCUUCAUUCGGAGUAACCAGGAUGGACGUUAGACAGAUUUGAGGUUGUUGUAAGUGGAGGAGUCGCCCCCUGCUGGAUGUUGAAAUACAGGAUUAAGGAGCCUUUCCUGAGGUCACAAGUUUCCCCACUGAGCUGUCUCAGGGUGGAAGGAGAGAGCAGCAGAACAUUAAAAUACUAAAGUAUCCUGAUUUCUUUUUUUUUUUUUUUUAAAGCUCACCAAAGUAGUAAAAGCACUCAGUUACAGUCCACCUCUGCUAAUUGUUGAGCAGUUUUCUUGGUGAUGUCUCCGUCCUCAGCUGGUACCAGAUGAUCUGCAGACUGAAGUUACCUUCAGAGGUAUAUUAAAGUAUUUUUGGAGUAUGUGGGGGUAAUUUUUAAAGUAUCUUUUGAAGUAUUUCGGCAACACUCUGAUUUGAAGCCACUUGCACAGACUUUUCUGAUCAACAUAUCAUCCUCGUUCAGGGAUCAAAGUCCUCGACAAUCUGAACCAAUCAGCUGCUACCAUUAGCCCCUGGCUAGGCUACUUAGUAUUGUUAGCUGUUAGCUUAUGAGUCAUGCUAGGAUACUUAGCAGUAGCCUGUUAGCUAUGAGAUAGCUCAGCUGUUGCACUGAAACAAGGAAUUGUGGAUAGGUUUAGUUGGCAUAGCACUUGUGAAAGCUCCACCCCUUCCGUCUCAUUUGCUGCCAGUUCCUGGAGGUGGGACUACAGUUACAUGAUUUAAAUGUGAAGGACUUUUUUCUGUUCAGGAGAAAGAUCAAAGCCCCACCCCCUGCUCCAUGCUGAUUAUUAAUUGAUUCAUGACAUCAUCGACUGUGAUGGUUACCAUAGUGACUGAUAACACGAGGAGACGACGUAUGUUUCCAUGUGAUCAAUGUGACUGAUUGAUUUCUGAUGUACAGAUGUCUUUUAGCUGAUUGAUUUCUUCAUGUAAUGAUUUGUGAUGUUACUGAUCCUGCUUGACCCACUGAUACAGGAGAGCAGGUCACCUGGGGGGGGGGUGCUGAUGUGU